GCGGUGUAGAAAGCGGUCUUUGGCUAUUUCGCCAACCUCCAAAAAAAAUUACAUACAUACAUAUAUACUCCAUAUGUGUAUAUUUAUACUAUCUAUAACACACAACACCAUGUCAUGCUUGAUUUAACCCACACCAGGAAUUUCUAUACCCUUGGAAACGUGACAGUUCAUUUUUCACUUCAAUAACAUCAUUCCAAGAUCCGUACCCACACAGUUAUCUAAACCUAGUCGUGGAGAGAAUUUCAAUAUACAAUGCCGAAGCCAAAGUCUCUUCUGAAGGAAAUCAAGGCCAAGAACAAGAAGGCGUCACAGCAGGUACCAGAGACUGCAGAUGAAUUCUUGGCUGCUGGCGUCGAACAGGAAGAGGCAGGCGAAAAAUGGCGAGCUGGAGAUGCAGCCAAGUCCAUGCGCUUUUUUAUGCGCGCGAUUGCAACUUAUGAUGACGGUCUAAAAAAGCACCCUGAUGCUUUUGAUCUAGCUUACAACAAAGCAAGAGUUCAGUAUGAAAUCACCCAGCACCCCAAACUAGCUGCGCUGCUGCCGGCUCCACUGGCAGAUAUCUUAAGCAUAACACUGCAGUCUCAUCGUGAGGCCCUUGAUCUGGGUCAAGACAAUGCGGAUGCUUUGUUCAAUACUGCUCAAGUGCUCACAAGCCUCGCUGAGGUAGUCACGGAUACUAAACAUCCGUCGGACAGACAGCUUAGCCGAGCAGUCAAAUACCUGCAGGAGGCAAUAGAGCUCUUCCAACGUUGUUUCAUUAUUCAAGAGAUGCGAUAUACCGAAACGCAGGAACAGUUUAAGUUGAUGGAGUCUGGGGUUGUCGCUCCACCCGAGGAAGAAAUGCAGGAAGAGCGAAACAUGCAGGAACGCAUAGAUGACGCCGGCGAAUUGAAGCCUUCUGAUCGACAAGAGCAAUGGGCCGCGGUGAUUGAGCCUGUGACGAAGGAUACCCUCGUUGACACAGCUGUGGCACAAUUGGAGACGCUCGCAACCCUUUGCAACAUGCUCACCUUCAAUCCUGGAGUUGGACUCGGCUGGGUAGAAGAAUCCUCCGCAGACUUGCUCCAAGAGAAGAUCACUGCAUAUGUUGAGGACUCGAGUAGACACCACGAGGCAUCUUUAGCUCGUGCUAAAUUCACCUGCGCCUUGAACGAAGUGUUAUACCGAAGCGAGCGAAUCGAUGUUGAAACGUACCAAACAGAAAUUGCACGUGUCUUUGAUUCCGAUUUAGAUCUCUCUGCGGACCCCGAAGGUCUUUGUAGCAAAGCAGAUGCGCUCACAUCGUUCAACACAGCUCUUACAGAUUUACCUCCCUCACACGACCAUGAGGUGUUCACAAAGUCGCUAGCGUUGCGAUGGCAAUCGCUAUCGGCUGCUCUAGAUGCUCUGACGAAGGCUUCCAGGCUUCCAGAUGCAGGCAACCUACCCAAAAUUCAUAUCGCACGAGGAGAUGUAGAAAUGAACAGAUGGAGGCUCGGCAUGUCUCCGUGGAAUUACACCAUGGCCCAACAGAAUGCUACCGUCCUCCUUCGGAACGCUCAAACAUACUACCGAGGUGCAGCAGCUUUCGCAAGGAGAGAUGGGAAUACAGACGAAGAACGUGACGGCACAUGUAAAGAAGCCCUGGUUGCCGCUUUGGAAGGUCAGAAAGACAAACUGCGACAGCUCAAAGCUACUGCGCUCAAGGAGCUUAUGAUCGUUGCAGAAGACGUGGUGGACGACGGAUGGGUAAGCCCCGGGGAUAUGGAAGUAUUAUUAUCGUAAAAAUACCCCACUCAUCGAAUCAGCGAGCUGUUUUCUUUCGUGCAUGAUGACGCUUCGCGUGCCGUAGAUAAACUGCCAAUCAUAUAUCCGAUCUAGCUUUGACUUCUUCUUCCAUCUGUAUGGCCUCCUCGCGAAGAUUGUUCCCCGUACUAAACUGUGUAACAGCAGUCGCCGCGCCCUCUAGAUCCGCAACCACAGAGUCAAGUUUCG